CAAGCUCGGCUCGAAGGGAUCCAAAGAGGCUUGCUCACGCAUCUUCAGGUGAAAGCUGUGCGAAGAGAAUGCCGCCAAAGCGAACAUCGAAUUUGCAGGCAAAGACCACUGCUGCAGGGAAAGCCAAGGCAGCCCCAAAGCCAAAAGGCAAACCUGCAGCAAAAUCUGUGGCAGUUCCAAAAGCAGCUCCAAGGGCAGCUAAGGCUGAGAAGGACAAGAAGGAGAAGAAGGUGGCCCCGGUGCUGUAUAAAGAGAAUGAUGUGAACCUCCAGAUGCUGCUUGCCAAGAACAAGGCACAGCUUGAGCUAGCCGUGCAAAAGGCUGAGGAGCUGGAAGCUGUGGUGCAGGAGGAGCGCUUCAAAGCUGGGGAGGCAGAGAAGCGUACUGCUGCAGCUGAAGCUUAUUUGAAUGAGCUCAAAGAGCGGGCUUCGCGGACAGAGGCCUUGCAACUGGAGGUUGCACAAGCGCAGGCGCGUGCCGCUCAUGCCGAGGCCAAGGCUGAGGUCCUAUCAGAACUUCAAGAGAGUUUCCAGAGGAACGUUCCGGAGAUGGUGCGCUCCAUUGCUGAGACAAUGCUCGAAUACACAAGUCGUCGCCGAAGCCAGAGAACUUUGACUGGAGCCUGCUUCAGUGGUGUGAAGCCGAAGCUGGAGAUUGAGGAUAACUCCGACCCAAUGCCCUUGAUGCCACUUGGAGUCUCCGAGGAUCUCAUGAAGCCAGACCGGGCAUCAGAUCAGCUCAUGAAGUUCUACGGCCAAAAUGGCCCGGAGGAAAUCCCAAGCUCAGCAGAAACGAAGAGUGACUCACAAAGUGGGCGAAGCAUUCCCAAGGUUGCAUCAAGGCUGACCGAUGGCGUUGCUGGUGUUUUCAAUCGGGCAGUGCGCAGCACGAGCGGCCGGUGAAGUGCGGCAUGGAUCAUCCGUUCAAAGCUGUAAGCAAAGAGCAAAGAGCCUUCAAGUGCAUGCGAAGAGCCUUUGUGCGUGCUGUAAGCUUCACUAUUCAUGCAAUGUGGAUCUCGCACACCCUCCUUCUUUGUUGCAUGUCUGCUAGCAUUGAUAUCUUGUAUAUAAAGGUGUAGCAGACGUGUUUGA